AUGGCCAUGAACCGCCGCCAGCGCAAACGCGAGGCGGACCACUUCACGAUCGGCGCCUUCAACCGCACCACCUCUCCCCUCCUCGCGCUCCCCGCAGAACUCCGCAACCAAAUCUACGCCCACGUCUCCGACACCGUAACCAUCGCCCACACCCGCCACUCCACCGCCCCCUACACCGUCCACAGCGGCUCUAUCCUGCGCCGCAUCUGUACCCAGAUCGCCCUUGAAUCCGCGCCCUUUAUCCCGCGCCCCGCGCUCCUGCGCCUCGAGCCCAGCGUCUCGCCGUACGACCUGCUCGCCCUGAACGCGCGCGGCGAGCUCAGCGGGCUGUCCGCGAUUCAGACGGCGCUGCUGCGCAUCUCGACCGUGCACGUUGUCGCGGCGGAUGUGCGUGUGCACCGCAAGAGCGGGGUUGCGGUGGGGUGGUGUGGGAGGGAUGGGGGUGCGCCGGUGGAGAUGCCGGGGUUGAGGAGGGUGGAGGUGUGGCCGGAUGAGGGGCUGAGGAAGGCGAUUUGGGAUGAGGAGGAGAGGGGGGAGUAUAGGGAGGGGUUGAUGGUGGUGUUUGGGGGUGGGGGGUUGGAGGUUGUGUUCCGGGACUGA